AUCUGGGUAAAGACCUCACAUUCCUCCACAUUAUGUCUGUUCUCAACAAUUCAGAGGUCCAGCUUUUUAUUCUGAUUGGGAUCCCAAAACUGGAACAUAUCCACAUCUGGAUCUCCAUUCCCAUCUGCUUCAUGUACCUGGUUGCCAUCAUAGGCAACUGUACCAUUCUCUUUAUUAUAAAGACGGAGCCCUCACUCCAUGAGCCCAUGUAUUAUUUUCUUGCCAUGCUGGCUGUCGCUGACCUGGGCCUAUCCCUCUCCUCCCUUCCUACCAUGCUGAGGAUCUUCUUGUUCAAUGCUAUGGGAAUUCUACCCAGUGCUUGCUUUGCUCAAGAGUUCUUCAUUCAUGGAUUCACUGUCAUGGAAUCCUCAGUUCUUCUAAUUAUGUCUUUGGAUUGCUUUCUUGCCAUUCAAAAUCCCCUAAGGUAUAGUUCUAUCCUCACUAGCAACAGGGUUGCUAAAAUGGGUCUUAUCUUGGCCUUCAGGAGCAUUCCCUUAGUGGUUCCAUUCCCUUUCAUUCUAAGAAGACUAAAAUACUGUCAAAACAAUCUCCUUUCUCACUCAUAUUGUCUUCAUCAGGAUACCAUGAAACUGGCCUGCUCUGACAAUAAGAUCAAUGUCAUCUACGGCUUCUUUGUUGCUCUCUGUACUAUGCUAGACUUGACAUUGAUUUUUCUGUCAUAUGUGCUGAUCUUGAGGACUAUACUCAGCAUUAGAUCUCCAGAAGAGAGGCUCAAAGCCUUCAACGCUUGUGUCUCCCACAUCUGUGCUGUGCUCAUCUUCUAUGUGCCCAUCAUAACACUGUCUGCCAUGCACCUUUUUGCCACGCACAGCCCCCUUGUUAUGAUCUUUAUUGCCGAUGUGUUCUUACUGGUGCCACCCCUGAAGAAUCCCAUUGUGUACUGUGUAAAGACCCGACAAAUCUGGGAGAAGGUCUUGGGGAAGUGUCUUAAAAUAUGUGGGAGAUAAGAAGAACAUUGAGGGAAGACAUUAUCAACCAGUAAGUAUUUAUUGUCAACUAC